UCUCGAUUGACACGCAAUCUUGCGACGUGUAACACGGAGAAAUGUCAAUACCGUAUUCUAGACAUCUCCUCCCCUAAAUAAAAAACCAAGAACCCUCGUUUCCUUUCCCUUCCAUCAUUGCUCCGCUGCACCGAUUCAUGCAAAGUUAUUAAGGGCUGAUCUGCAGGCCGGUUGUUUGAUUAAAUGACUAGAAGAAUUGAGGCAUUGAGAGAGGAAAAAAGUGCGAUGAUCACUACAGCCGGUUGCAUGUGAACUAGCUUAAAGGCGAAAUUGUUACAUGUGCAGGACUACUUAGCCGUGCAUAAGACAUUUGAGCCAUUUUCGAAGAAAAAAGGGAAAUAAUGGUCUUUGGCCAAGUAGUCAUAGGCCCCCCAGGCUCAGGAAAGACAACCUACUGCAAUGGCAUGUCACAAUUCCUUAAACUCAUUGGAAGGAAAGUGGCUGUUAUCAAUUUGGAUCCAGCAAAUGAUGCAUUGCCGUAUGAAUGUGCUGUGAAUAUUGAGGAUCUCAUAAAACUCAGUGAUGUAAUGCUGGAACAUUCUCUUGGUCCUAAUGGAGGUCUAGUGUAUUGUAUGGAUUACUUGGAGAAGAAUAUUGACUGGUUAGAGUCUAAAUUGGAGCCUCUUCUUAAAGAUCACUACCUUCUAUUUGAUUUUCCUGGCCAAGUUGAGCUGUUCUUUCUUCAUUCAAAUGCAAAGAAAGUCAUCUCAAAACUCAUAAAGAAGAUGAACCUGAGGUUGACUGCCGUACACUUAGUUGAUGCCCAUCUUUGCAGUGAUCCCGGAAAGUACGUGAGUGCAUUGCUUCUCUCCCUGUCAACCAUGUUACAUCUGGAACUCCCACACAUCAACGUCUUGUCUAAGAUCGAUCUUAUUGAGAGUUAUGGGAAGCUAGCUUUCAAUCUCGAUUUCUAUACAGACGUCCAAGAUCUAUCAUAUUUACAGUACCAUCUUGAUCAAGAUCCUCGCUCAGCUAAGUACAGGAAGCUCACAAAAGAGCUAUGUGAGGUCAUAGAAGAUUUUCAUCUAGUCAACUUCACAACCUUGGACAUUCAGGACAAAGAAAGUGUAGGAAAUCUUGUGAAGUUGAUAGACAAGAGCAAUGGGUAUAUCUUUGUUGGCAUUGAAGGGAGUGUUGUUGAGUUCAGCAAGAUCGCAGCUGCUCCACUUGACUGGGAUUACUACAGAGCAGCAGCAGUGCAAGAGAAGUACAUGAAGGACGAUGAUGAUUACUCUGACUGAUGAUGGGAAAGGCCAUGUGUGCUCACAUGUGGGAGCAUUAGAUACCCAAAAAGCAUGUAUUCAAAGCUAGGUUGCUGGAGAGAAUGAAAUGACCAUUUGCAGCUUCCUUCUUACUUCCACAUUUGCAACUUUUCUGUGCUUGGAAGAUCAUAAUUUAUACUUUGCGGUGAUGAUUAAACCAAGAAUUAUAGUUUGGAGCUCAGAUUACAAGUUUUGUUAUUUGGUAGUCAUACUAGAAGUCCAACGAUGAGUAAGACCAGCUUUCUUUUGAAAUGCUCUGUUUGAAAUGUAUUUUUGCUGAUCUGUUUGGUAAUCAACAAAGUGGUCGAUGUUUUUAAAGCAA